AACCCGGAAGCGCCCGCGGAGGCUGCUGGGAGUUGUAGUGCUGUGGCGUGUUUUGCCCAUGUGUGGUGACUGAGGCAGUGCUGAGGGAUGAGCUCUGUCAGGGUGACCAGGAGUGGGAGGAAAGUGCUGGAGGUCGGCAGGAGGAGAAUAGGAAACGGACCGGAGCAGCAUGGAGGUGAGGCUGGCGCGCCCCCCUCUGGAGGAAGGAGCAGGGUGGUGCAGAAGAGGGUGCAGGUGGCAUACGAGGGCUCGGUGGAGGACGUGGAGAAGAAGCUGAAGUGGGAGCCGACAAAGUGGCAGAAACAUCUGGAGAACAUCCGGCAGAUGAGGAGCGGACGGGACGCCCCGGUGGAUCAGAUGGGGGCUGAGAAGUGUUUUGAUCAGAACGCUGCCCCAGAGGUGAUGCGUUAUCAGGUCCUGCUCUCCUUGAUGCUCUCCAGCCAGACAAAGGAUCAGGUGACCUCGGCAGCCAUGGCCAAGUUGCGGGAGCAUGGACUGAGUGUACAGAGGAUUCUGGAGACCGACGAAGAGACUUUGGGGAAGCUGAUCUAUCCAGUAGGGUUUUGGAAGAGCAAAGUAAAGUACAUCAAGCAGACCACGGAGAUCCUGGAGGAGAAAUACGGAGGAGACAUACCUGAUAACGUAGCUGAGCUGGUGAAACUUCCCGGGGUGGGCCCCAAAAUGGCUCAUCUGGUCAUGGAUAUCGCAUGGAACAGAGUAUCAGGGAUUGGUGUGGACACUCAUGUACAUCGAAUUUCCAACCGACUGAAGUGGGUAAAGAAAGAGACUAAGAACCCGGAAGACACUCGGGUGGCCCUUGAAGACUGGAUGCCCAGGGAUCUGUGGAGUGAGAUGAAUUGGCUGUUAGUGGGGUUCGGGCAGCAGAUGUGCCUCCCUGUGGCCCCUCGAUGUUCCGACUGUCUGAACCGAGACAUCUGUCCCGGAGCCAAGAAGAAGAAGAAGUGAGGAGGACCCUAAGGACAGACCCUGAUCCCGCUAGCGAUGGACUGAAGUGAAGACUACAGAGAAAACACUAGAUUAGAAUGUUUUAUAGACGACAUGGGAUAUUUUUCUACUAAUGACAUUGUCAUCUCUAUCUGUGUAUAUAUUUUUAUAUUUCCAUUGUUUCAGUAAAUUAUUAUUAUUUUUUUUCUU